CGAAGUUCAAAUUGAUAUUCUUUUCCUUGAACUGCGAUUGACAUUUAUUAGUCUGUGUUUUGGGCUGGGCGUUUAGCAAAUAAGAAACAUUGUAAAUAUUCACUUCACUGCAUGCUACUCAAACCAGAAACUUAAUCUGACCUUUUUAUCCCAACGCUUGGUAGUAAUGAAAUGCAGGAAAAAGAAAGUUCCCCUGUUGGUCUAAACAUCUAUUUCCUUAUCUUUCCUCGCUCUUUAAAUCAACUUUAUUGUGAACAGAGAACUGCUCCAACAUGAACAUCAAGCCUCCCAAAGAAACACGGUACUGUAUACAGAAAUUUACAUUUAAUCCUAAAGAGGGAAUAGACAACCCCCUGAUGGUCAUCACGGAAGAAUCGACACCCAGACCGCGUCUCUGUGUGCUUAAAAAGGAAGAAGGGGAGGCCUACGGCUUUCAUUUGAGAGUGGAAUGGGUGAAACAAGGACAUAUUAUCAGAAAUGUAGUUUCUGGGGGGAUCGCGGGGCGCUGUGGACUCGAAGAUGGAGACAGGCUUCUUGAAGUCAACAACGUUUAUGUCGAGGAUGCUCCUCACCAGGAGGUGGCCAGGAGAAUAAAGCUCAGUGGACAUCACUUGUGCUUAUUGGUUCUGGACGGGGACGCAUAUGAAAAGGCAACCGCCAAGGGUCAUGACCUCCGUGAUCUUGUCAAAGCAUAUAAGGGUGAAGACUUGAAGCCACCUAGACUGUGUCACAUCACCAGGGAUCCUGUCUUGGGUCUGGGCAUGAAAUUCACACCUGUUGGAGCUGAAAAGGGUUGCUUCUCUGUCAGCCUGGUGCCUGGAGGGGCAGCUGAAAAGGCCGGCGUACUCAAGGGGGACCGACUGGUGUGGAUGAAUGGAGCCGUGGCUUCAGAUCUCACACACUCUGCACUCAGCAGAAUGAUGAAAAAAUGCGGCAAAUACAUCACCAUCCUAGUGAUCGACAGCAAGAGUGAGAAGAAGUACACUCAACUAAAAAUGCCCAUACUCCCUACUAUGGCGGUUCCACACCAUCUGCCUUAUAGAUCGAAAAAACUCGAGUUGGAUUUGGCGCCUGAAGGUUACGGUUUCCUCCUUCGCUUCGAGAAGGCCCCUUCAGGACGUACAGCUCAUGUGCUGCGUAAGGUGGACACUGGCAGUCCGGCAGAGAGGGCUGGGAUCCGAGAUGGCGAUGUACUGCUGGAGGUGAACGGAGAGUCUGUGGAGUUGCUACAGCAUGACGAGAUUGUGACAAGAGUGAGAGAGAGUGGCCGACAUAUCUCACUGACCACAGUUAUUCCGCAGGGCCAUGAGUUUUACACACAGUUAGGUCUGUCACCUCUCAUCUUCUGUGAGGAUGAUGCUAUUCAAAUGGAAAGCAGAGAACCAGUUCCCGCAUCACAACAUUGCCUGCAAACUGGAGGUUCAUCUAAGACCAGGCUCUGUUCUCUUCAAAAAGGCUCCUUGGGGUAUGGCUUCAACUUUGGCUGUAGACCACAGUGUCCUGGGACCUUCAUCAGUCAAGUGGCCCCGGGAAGCCCGGGGAAGAAAGCAGGACUAAGAAUGGGUGAUAUAGUGAUAGAAGUAAAUGGACAAAAUGUGGAGGACCAAUACUUAGAAGACGUAAUUAUGCUUGUGAAGGAAGGAGGGCCUUGCCUUUCCUUACUCGUUAAGGAUAAGGAGGGCUAUGACGACUUGAAAAAGAGCGAAGAACUUUCUUCCACCGCCAGUGAGGGCGAAGAAACAGAAGUCUCACGUUUGUGAAAUGACUUCAAUCGGCAUGACAACAAACACUCCAUGCUGUGCACCUUCUGAUGGGACUUCCUCAACUCCAAUUUUUUAACAGUGUUAAUAUUAACUGGGUGACCCAUUUGAAUAGCCUUAUAUGCAUGGCGCGUAAAAUAUCCAAAUCAUACAAAUAUUCUCUCCAUUUUACCGCGUCACACAUAAUGUGCCUGUAUGCAGCCAAAUGUGUUACUUGGAUAAUUCACGAUUUUUUUUAACUCACGUUUUUUUUUUUUCUGUAUUCCAGGACUGAAAUGAACACCUUUGUCAAAACAUAAAUGAAAAAAAUGCACAACAUUAAAUUAUUGAGAGAUUUAAUUGAAUUUCGUUUCACAGAAUCACCCGAUUAAAACAUCUAGUAAUAUGCAGACUGGUGUCAACAGCUAUCCAUGAUGAUCUUCAGCUACUGAUAACCACACAAAAUAUAAUCUGCAACAACUGCAUUACAAUCAGUGGCUGACUACAAAAACACCAUAAAUGAAAAA